CAUAUGUUUAACCAAAAGUGUUUGCGUUUUUCAUUCAUUCAAGUAACAUGAGCUCCACAGAUUGCGAGUUUCUUAAGGGACAACUAGUUGCUGCUCGAAAUGAAAUAAAAAAUUUAAGGCAGCAAAUCACAAGUUUACAACACAUGUAUCGGAAAGAACAUCAAACCGCACUGAAAAAGUUAGAUGAAUUUUCAUUCCAGGAACGAACGGAAUCAAAUCAUCUAGUAAACAAGCCGUCUGAACGUCUAAACUCAAAUGAUAACAAUAAUGAUUUGAAACUUAAGCCGAUUGGCGUUAUAAGAAAUAUUUUAAAUGAAAAACGUGGAGUUCCUCGCCAAGCUAGUUUGUCUUCGACCGUACGGAGCAGAAUAGAUUUGUCUUCAAAAAUUUUGAACAACCCUGAGCACGCUUUAGAGGGUUUGGAAAACUAUUCGCAUUUUUGGAUUAUAUAUCACUUUCACCGACAUACCGAUCACACUAAAACUAAGGUCGCUCCACCACGACUUGACGGAAUUAGAGUUGGAGUGUUCAGUACAAGAUCGCCACAUCGGCCAUGCCCGAUUGGCCUUUCUUUGGUUCGCCUGGAUAAAAUAGAAGGGUCGAAGGUGUAUUUCUUUGGCACUGAUAUGGUUGAUGGUACACCUGUGUUGGACAUCAAACCAUUUAUACCACAAUAUGACACACCAGUGAAAGGAAAUGAUAUAGGAAAUGAAAUGAGCUCAAGAGAGGCGCCUGACGGAGAAGAAAACUCUACCUCUACUCAGCAAACCAGCAAUUCCGGUUCAAUGUCGGGACCCUUGCCAAGUGUUUUUAUUCCGAAUUGGGUAUUGAAUAGUUCAGUUUUAGAUGUAGCAUUCUGUCUGACCGCUUCUGCGCAAGUACAAGAUCUCGGUAUCACACAGGCUUCUAUCAUCGAUAUUCUUAAAACAGAUCCACGAUCCGCAUAUUUACGUACGAAGUAUGCCUCAGAUAUCUAUAGAUUUCAACUGGGACGGUACACAGUGACAUGCAAAUUUAACGACCAGAACUCUACGGUGACUGUGCUGCAAGUGCGAGACUUGGUGAAUGUACCCGGAAUGGCUAAGGAUGUUAUAAACGUAAAUGAUCCUGUUAUACAGUGAUAAGAUCUCUAUAUCAGCUCAUUCUUGUGAAGUGAAUCAAAGCACAUUGUUUCUCU